AGACAGACUUAAUACAUCCAUGAUGCACCGCCAGCAGACCAAAAGCAACAGGAGUUUUGGCAGUUGUACACGACUCCACCUAACAAUGAAGGGAUUGUCUUGCACCAAAUGCAUGACUGCAAUGCAUUGUGGGUGAUAUUCACCUCUGGAGUGACCACCGUUGUUAACUCGCUCCCUCAGCCCUCCCGGGGUCGAUCUCACCAAGUUCACUUUAGACAACUGGAACAGCACUUAAGAUGGCGGCAUGGACUCCCCCGAGGAGAAGUGCUUAGGGGACAGACUGAUGUCAUGAAGUGACUAUGAUUUAAAGUCAGCUUCUUCAUCACUCUGAAGAGGAGAUCUCAACACUUCAGGAGGACCAGGAGACCUCAAGAUGGGGGGUUCAUGGUCAUCACUAAGAAUAAUAUGGAAUGAAGAACAGCCUCCUGAUUUGUCUGAAUUAAGGGACAAAACUGUUACCAUGGCAACUGAAAACUUGGCAAACACGGAGAUAAUGCCUGUUAAAGAGGUUUUGAAUACACUGGAAGAUUUGGCAGAUGAAGAAUUCAAGAAGUUCAAGUGGAUCCUGGUAGGAUUCCACGCCAUCCCAAAGAACCACCUGGAAAAAGCAGACAGGCUGGACACCGUCGAUAAGAUCAAACAGACCUUCAGCCAUCAGUCUGUAGAAGUGGUGAAGAAGGUUUUAAAGGAGAUUAAUAGGAAUGAUCUGGUGGAGAAAUUAUCAAGAAUCAACACAGGAGCACAAGAGCCCCGGCCUCGUCGGUCUGACUUCCCUGCUGGUGAAGUGGAGAGUGACAUUGUGACUUGUUCCAGUGAGGGAGACAUUGGGCAAGAGCUGACAACAGACACAAACAACCUGAAUCCAGGAGAGUCUAUCUCUCUCCCGGUUUCUGCACAACUUAGGAAUGGAAGAAUAAGCAAGUCAACUGUAACAUCUGUCAACACAAAGAUACACCUAGAAGGCCUAUUGGAGGAUCUGGGGUUGGAGCAGCACUACACAGAGAAGCUAUCCCUGAGCACAAUACUUCAGAUUGACGAUAAGACCAUUACUGAUGAACCUGCUAAGUGUAAUUCAGAUCUUCCAUGGCAUUUUCUGAAGAAACUGAUGAUGGUUAAUAUGACAGCUAGGAAUGUGAAAUGUACAUCAGUAUGUGAGUCCAACUAUGAUGAUCCCUCAGGGAAUACAGAGUUAGAUCUUGAUAAUCUGGUCAACAGUCUACGUUCAUGUGACAUGCUAAACCCCCUUGACCUGAUCACUGCUCUCUUUCUGUGUUCUGAUGGUUUUGUACGGCAGGAAAUGGCCCUCAAAAUGUCCAUGUGUCAGUUUUCUGUGCCUCUGUUGCUUCCUAAUUGUGACACGAAUCAGUGCACACUCAUGCUUUGGGCCAUGAGAGAUAUUGUUAAAAAGUACAGACCUCAGUCUCUUUUACAAUCCAAGGGCUUCAUUGAACAAAGAAUUGUUCUCUCUGAACUUCCGAUGAUAUCUUUUGUGAGACUGGGUGAAAUCUCAAUGUCCAAGUCAGAGACCCUCAAUAAGUUUCUGAGCAAUUCCCCGCAAUACCACGAUAUCUUUAUUCAUCAUAAUAUGGAGUGUGGUGACAGUCCAAGGAAAAUAUCCAAUGGACUGGCUGAAAUAACCUGGUACCUUCCAUAUGGGAACACAAACAUGGAUGUUUUCAGUGAGCCAGUGGCUGUAGCUAACCUUCGUGGGGACAUUGCUUUGUUUGAAACACAAUUUUCUUUUUUGUGUCAGACUUCUGCAGCAGUUUUUGUGUUCUUUGACACUUUGGACUCUGAAUGUAAGCAACUUACCAACCAAGACCACAAGGCACAGAUCUUCUUGGUGGGUAACCGUCAAAGCAAUAAUUUCAAUUUGAAUGUUCUAAAGAAGUUAGCAACCAAGUUGGACUUAACUAACAGGAACAUCCUUUUGAAGGCUAAGCACAUGAAUGAUGCAGACUUUGUCAAAAUCCUGCGGCAAACAGUCAGCAAUGUUGUUGAGAACUCAAAGAUAAAGAUGGGAAUUGAGCAGAUGGCUGACAUCGCCCAUGAACUGGGAAUCUGGGUUGAUGAAGACUCUGCAGAGUGCCAGGCUGCAAAGAAAAAUGCAGAUGACAUCACUGCAGAAAUUCAAAAUAUCCUUAAAUACAAAGAAGCUCAGCUACCCUUGCAAGGCCAAAUAUUGAAGGAACUGACUUGCUUAGAGAAGGAAGAACGCCGGCUUCGAAAAGUUGGAUCUGAGAACAUAGAAAAAUACAAAAGUGAUCUUCAGGUACAGAAAACAAAACUUAGGAGAAAACAGAACUCUUAUGACAUGUCAAAUGCAAUGACAUAUUUCAUCAACGCAAUAUCAAGCCCAGGGAUAGAGAGGAGCUAUUUCCUGAAAUGGAUGCGAAUGAACCUCGAUAAUGUGUCCCGAGAAAAACUGUCUGGUCUCAGGGAGCAGUACAAAGAAAAACGCAAAAGUUCAGAGAACAAAGAGGAGAUCAAAGACAUUGACAGACAACUUUCCAACAGCUCACUGGGGACUGAACACUUCUUCCGUGAAAUGGGUCAGAUCUAUGAAGCUUCACUUUCCCUUCCAGAAACAGACCUAUCACGUCAACAAUUACAGCAUCUGCCCAAACUUUGUGCAGAAUUGUUACUUGAUGGAUUCCCUCUUGAGCUCGUAGAUGGAGAUGCAUCCAACAUACCUCUCCAAUGGGUGAGUGAGGUUCUCUCUCAGCUCAAUAACUUGGUGCCUCCAGAGAGCAAGAUACGGGUAGUCACAGUCCUUGGAGUUCAGAGCACAGGAAAGUCCACUCUCCUCAACACCAUGUUUGGAGUGCAGUUUGCAGUCAGCAGUGGCCGAUGCACUCGAGGUGCCUUUAUGUUGCUCAUCAGAAUCAAUGAAGAUGUUAAAAAAGAACUCAACUGUGACUUCAUGGUGAUCAUUGACACUGAGGGCUUGAAGUCACCAGAGCUUGCACAACUGGACAAUAGCCAUGAGCACGACAAUGAGCUUGCAACACUUGUUGUGGGGCUGAGUGAUAUCACCAUCAUCAAUAUUGCAAUGGAGAAUUCAACAGAAAUGAAAGACAUCCUACAAAUAGUUGUGCAUGCCUUCCUCAGAAUGAAAGAGGUUGGCAAAAGGCCCAAAUGUCAGUUUGUUCACCAGAAUGUGUCAGAUGUUUCAGCCCAUGAGAAGAACUCACGAGACAGGGAACUGCUCUUACAACAGCUAAAUGAGAUGACCCAGGCAGCAGCCAAAAUGGAAAAGAAAGAGGAGAACAAGAGCUUCACGGAUGUGAUGGAGUAUAGUCCAGACACUGGGAACUGGUACAUUCCUGGACUGUGGAAUGGAACCCCACCAAUGGCACAAGUCAAUGCAGGGUACAGUGAAGCUGUAUAUGAGCUCAAGAAGAACAUAAUCCAUAUUUUGGGAAGUGGUGAGUCAUCUCCUAAUAAUAUCUUGGAGUUUACAGAGUGGAUGAAAAGCCUUUGGAAUGCAGUAAAGCAUGAAAACUUCAUCUUCAGCUUCAGAAACAGCCUGGUGGCUGAUGCAUACAUGAGGCUCUGCACAGAAUUCAACAAAUGGGAAAGGGAAUUCAAAAAAGCAAUGUACACAUGGGUGACAAAAUCUGAAACAAGAAUUUCCAACUACGGUACAGUUGCUGUGACAUCUGAGGCAUCUGACAUGAACAAACUUCUCACAGAUUUGAAAAGUGAAGCUUACACAGAGCUGUCUAAAUGGGAGACAAAACUCCUUGACAACCUGACACAGUACUUCAGUAAAACAGAGGGUCAUGUCUAUCUAGUGGAACAAUACAGAGAGGUCUUUAAAAACAGUGCAAAGAGCCUUAGACGAGAAAUGGAGCGCUCUGUAUUUAAUCAGCUCACAGCAGCAUCUGACAUCAGACAGGGAAUGUCAAAACUUGAUAAAAUCAAGGAGAACCACACAAAAGAUUUAGAGGAGAGAGUAAGUGGACUGAUUGAACGAUGUCGGGAGAAAAAAGUCCAGAUGACAGACAAAGAGCUUGACAAAGAAUUUGAUAAGAUGUGGAAUCAAAUGGUAAAUGAACUAUCCUUUCCUGAACAAAAGGCCACAGAUGUCAUCGCAAGUGUGUCCCUCUACCUGAGACAAAAUCUAGAACGUAAGGGGAGUCAUGUUUGUGAAUUAUUAAGUGAAAAAAACCUCAAAGAUUGUGGACUGGAGCCUUUUACAUACACAGGGCCAAGAGUUUACAUGAGGUUUAAAUACACAUUCAGCAAGAUGUUCAACAUUAAAGAUCACGUAAUGGCUUUGCGAAACAUAGCUGAUCAUAUCAUAAAGGACUGCACACAGUUUGUGACUGAAAAAUUUGAAAAAAAGAACAAUUACCAUGAGACUUACAUCGAGGAGAUCCUACACAUGAUUGAUGAGAGGCUGCAAAACUAUCAGGAUGUUAAGAUAGAGAUUGAGUUUGAAGUUUCUCUGAAACAGCACAUCUGUGGAUUUGCAGCCAGAGAGUUUCAGAAACUGCAUGAAGAGUUCAUACAAAUGAAUGAUCCCUACAGAUGUCUGAAUCAAAACAAAGAAAAAUUUCGAGCUGAUUUUAAAGAUGUGUUCCAUGACCGAGACCAGUGCCAGAAGAAGGCAGAAGAAUUCACCAACAGCUGCUUAAAGCCUGCAGUGGAAGACUUUGUCAACCGUUCCUUGGGUCCUGAUAUCAUUGGUGAAAUGUUGACAAGCCGGCAGUUGAGCACACGCAUGUCCUUCCAGUAUUCAGUUUUAUUGGAUUUGCUCUCAAAGAAUGACUUUAAAACCUAUCAGAGCUAUAUUUGCUCAUAUGAGAAGUAUGUGAAGAAAUGGAUACUCGAUCAAAUACUGGAACGCUUCUCAAAUCAGUCUACGUUGUUUAAGUUUGAGGAUCAUCAUCUCCAGUCAAGUGUCAGAAGCAUAAAUAAUGCCAUCAACAAAGCUAAAACAGAAAAGAGUGGCGACUUGAAGACAUUUGUUAAAAAUGUCUGUCAGGAACUUGGUGAUAAACUGGUCAUUUCCCAGGAUGCUUUUGGUGCUUUCAUGAUCCUGAACAAGGCAGACCAGGAACAGUUUGCUCACUGGCUCACAGUGUGUGUGAAAGACAUGGUGAACGCUCUUGGAGAAAAGUUUAAACGCACUAACAUCAAAAUGAAGCUAAAACAACUUGAUGUGAAUCCUCAGAAUGAGCUUUUCACCAAACUGAUUGGAUGUGGUCAUCAGUGUCCGUUCUGCAAAGCACCUUGUGAGGCAGGAGGAAGAUCCCACACUGAGCACUGGACUUCACUACAUCGGCCACAGGGUCUGGGUAGAUUCUCGCCGCAUGAGACAAGAAAACUUGUCACUGACAUAUGCUCUUCCUCUGUGAUCAGUGACAAACGUUUUCGCUGCAGUGAAACAAAUGGUGAAUGGCACCCUUACAAGGAUUACAGAGAUGUUUUCCCAGACUGGAGAAUCGCUCCAGAUGCAAGUCUUCAGGCAUCAGACUACUGGAAAUAUGUACUGGCAAAGUUCAACAAGCAGUUUGCUGAAGCAUAUAAUGCAGAGCCUGCUGAUAUUCCUCAAAUGUGGAAAGAGAUCACUCGUAAACAAGCAGAAGCUAGCAUCAAAGAGUCAUUUAACAUCAAGUAAGAGACUUAAUGCUUUGAGAUUACAGAGGUGCACGUCCUCCUCACAUGGAUAUUUAGAUCUUCUGAAAGACUGAAGAUAUUAUCAGUACACAGUGAUUUUACCACUAAGGCUUACAGGAGGAAAAUAGAAGAACAUCACUGCAAUUAGUGCUCACCUUUACCUGAGAUCACAUUUAACAUGUUUAAUAAAUGAUAAUCUGCUUUAACUCUGUUUAUGUUGAGGACACCAUAAAUACUAUUUUGAUACAUUGAGUCAGUGUACCUGUUAGGUGCAUUUAGUAUGUUUAGUUUCUAACCUAAACAUCACAUUGUUUCUAGUUUGAUUAAAUCAGACUUUGAAUUUAUGUUUUUGUGGGACAGAUGAAUGCCAUUAUAUUGUCACUGAAAAGAUGUGCACAGUUAAUCAAAUGUUUUCUUUUAUUUAGUGUUUCUGUCAAACAUUUAUAUUGUUUUAAACACCACUCAGUCUUUAUGUGGUAUUGUCAAAAUAGGACGGACCAGUUUUUUAUUAUUAUCUUAUUAAGUAUGGUAUGUGAUUGUUUACCCAAAAGUAAGAAUUCAUUCGUUUUUGUUUCUGUGAAUUAUCUGAUGCAAAAUAUUCAUUUUCAAUGUAUCAAAAGAUCAUUCAGUCUAAAUGCCAACAUGUAGGUUUUACAAGUUUUGCUUUCCUUCUCUUCUUUCUAGUUGAGUAUAAUAUCCAAUUGUGUUACUCAAAAUUUUUAAAUGCGUUUGUUUUCAAUUAAGUAUCUGGUUCCAAAUAUAAAAAUGUUUUGUGUCUUUUAUUCUGUUUUUUGGUUUGCAACAUAUCAAAUGACAUAUUUACAAAUGUAAUCACCUUUUAUAUGUUAAAUGUGUAAUUCUUGGAAACUGUAAUUCCUGUAAUUCCUCUAUGGUGUAAUAACUGUUUCUGCUGGAUCUUGUAGUUUAUAUCACAAACUGAAGUCAGAUCACAAAUACAUUUAUCGUUCUUAAGUUUUCUUUGUGUAAUUUUAAUGUUUUAAUAUUUCUCUAACGUGCUGUUCAGUUGAUAAAGGCUGUGAUUUAUUCUGAUGUUAGUGUGAUGUUGACAGAAGUAAACUGGUGGUGGGACCAUAAAACAUCACUGACAUUAAUAAAUAUCCAUAUAAAGAUGUUAAACAUGAUGGUUCCUCAUCUUGUUAAUCAGUUUGUUCAGAGGAUGUUACAGAACUGAACUCAGACACAAAUAUUCUGCUCAACUUUCACACUUCAGCCAUGAAAUAUAAUGGACUUUCAUUUGAUGUAUAUUAUAAUCAAUAUAUGUGAUUAUAUGUUAUAUAACCUUGUGUCUUCAUGUGUAUUCAUGUCUAAUGACUAGUUAUAAUAUGUCUGAAGACCCUGACCAUGUGGAAACAUGUUGAUCAUUUCAUGUUGUACUUUUAUUUUUUAUUUUGAGUGAUUGAAUGUAUUUACAGUAUAUAUUGGGACCAGAGGGUAGUGUGAGUGGUGACUGGUAGCUGGAGAGGUACCAGUCAUCCUCCUGGAAACUACCUAACUGAUCACUGUGCUGUGCAUGUUAAUCCAUAUCAAUGCAUGUCUAUAUAUCAUGACUGAUGCAGUUUUCUGUCAAAUAUUAAUAAAGUUUCUGCUUGAAAUGA